CGCAGUGAUGUGCGUGUCGCCUGGAGUCCUCUCCUCCUUCUCCUCCUCCUUCUCCUCCUCCUCUUCUUCCUUCUCCUCUUCCUUCUCUUCCUCCUCUGCCUCGCGGGAGCGUCUGCUGGCCACCGGAGGCGCUGGUGGUGGUGACCGAGUCUGCAGGGCAGUGGCAGUGCAAGUGGCAGUGACGGGACAGCGUGACGCGGGCACCAGGCAUGCAGACGGCGACGGGGGCGCUCCACUGACACUGAGCUGAGAGCUGAGAGCGGGGGUGAUACGUGGAGGUCAUGAUCCACCGGCCCAAUGUGACGGUGCCAUCUCACGCCCGGGACGGCCACAACCAGGACGACUGGCAGAGGUCAGAGUGCGUGCUGGGAUACAUUCCACUCAUCUACUACAGCACCCUCUUGUGUGUGGGAGUACCAGUGAACAUCCUGACCCUGGUGGCAUUGUCUCGUUUGGCGUCGCGCACUAAGAAGGCUAUGUACGUCUACCUGCUGGCACUGACCAGCUCGGACAUCCUGUCCCAGCUGUUCAUCAUCUUCGUGGGCUUCCUCCUGGAGACGACGGUGUUCCACCGCGACAUGCCGCCGGCGCUGCUGGGCGCGGUGAGCGCUCUGGAGUUCGCCUCCAACCACGCGUCCAUCUGGGCCACCGUGCCGCUGACGGUGGACCGCUACGUGGCGCUGUGCCACCCACUGCAGCACCGGCAGAUCAGCUACCCGGCGCGGGCGCGGCGCAUCAUCGCCGGCGUGCUGACGCUGGCGCUGGCGUCCGGCGUGCCCUUCUUCUGGUGGUCGGACAUGUGGCGGGCCAGCCACGCGCCCACGCGCCUAGACGGCGCCCUCAUCUGGACGCACGUGACCAUCAUCUACUUCCUGCCUUGCAGCAUCUUCCUGGUGCUCAACUCGCUUAUCAUCCACCGGCUGCGGCAGCGCCAGCGACUGUGUGAGGACGAGAGCGCUAGCGGCGGCGGCGGUGCUAAUUCCUCCGCGUCGUCGUCAGUGACUUGUGCGGCGCUGCCGCACCCGCACUACCGGCAGCAGCACCGGCGGCGGCUGGGCAAGACGACGGCCAUGCUGCUGGCGGUGACGUCAGUGUUCUCGGUGCUGUGGGCGCCGCGCACUGCCGUGGUCAUGUAUCACCUGUACGUGCGCUCGGUAUACAGUGACUGGCGCGUGCACCUGGCCUACGACCUGGCUAACAUGCUGGCUAUGCUCAACACGGCAGUGAACUUCUUCCUCUACUGCUUCGUCAGCAAGCCGUUCAGGGCGGCGGUAAAGGACGUGCUGCUGCUGAGGGACGGGGGAGGAGGCGGGGCGGCUGCCGCCCGCAAUGCACUGCGCCACCAGCAGGUGCCGCCACAUGCCGCCUCCACCUCCUCCAUCUCCAGCGGCAACAACAAGCGCUCGCAGCAGCUGCAGAGGAACUGUGACGACAGUGCCCCCUACGGGACGGAGGCAGAUAUGCAGGUCAUGUGA